AUGCAAAGCAAAAAAGAGCCAGUCGAUGGAGCGGCAGACAAGAACUCCCAACCUCUCCUGAAAUCCAGUAGCCUGUAUAACAGAGAAGCAUCUGUUGAGGAAGCAAACGAGAAGAGCAAAGUUCGGGAUCGCACAAAAUCCAACAAGGACGAAAUCAAAGUCAAAGAAAUGCUUGACAAACGAGGAUUUAUCGACAGCGAGGGAACAUUCGUCGAGCUUCCAAGAACUCUUUCCCAUAGAAGUGCGGCCAUUGCGGAAGGCCGCCAGCCGGGUAUAGAAGACCCCAGAGCCAAUGAUAGUACCUAUGUCAAAGCAAUAGCCUGGGGUGGAAGAGAACAUUACCUUAAGAAAUGA